AUGCCCAAUGUUUCAGCCAACUACGGGCCUGAAGUCCAAAAAGUCCCCGCAGACACACCCAUAGAAGACAUCAUCUACCUCCUCAAGCGUGAUGGCGGCGUCUUUCUCAAGCAACUCAUCCCCGUCGUCGACGUAGACCAGGCUUGGGAAGAAUGCCGAGAACGCCUGGAAAACGAUGUCGAAUGGAACGGCUCGUUCUUCCCUAAGCAGACGCAGCGGGCAACUGCCCUGCUAGCUCUCAGUCCUACCUAUGCCAAGACCCAAGUAAUGAACUCCGUCUACCAACAAGUGUGCGACCAUUUCCUGACCACCCGAAGCUGUUUCUGGUGGGGUAGCGAAAGAAAGGAGUCGGUGUCCAAGCCUUACGUCCAUUCAUGCACAGCCAUGAGAAUCGGCCCCGGUGGCAAAGCCCAGCCUUUGCACCGCGACGACUACAUCAGCCACAACCAUCAUCCGGAAGUGGGCAGUUGGGACGACGAAAGGGACAAGAAUCGAGAGUCAGCCGUCGGACUGUUUGUGGCUGGGAGCAAAGUCACUAAGGAGAACGGGGGCACCCAGUUCAUCCCCCGAAGCCAUCUUUGGGGUACUGACCGAGAUGUCCCGCCUCGGGUUGAAGAUUGCAUCUACGCGGAGAUGGAGAAAGGCGAUGCCUUCAUCAUGCUGGCCUCUGCUUACCACGCAGGAGGUCACAACACAACAAAGGACGAGAAGCGGUUGGUGUUUGCAACAUUUGUCACGCGGGGAUACCUCCGACAGGAAGAAAACCAGUUCCUGUCAGUUCCCCAAGAAAUCGCAAAACAGUAUGACCGACCGAUCCAGGAGUUUAUGGGAUAUGCCAUUAGCGAGCCAGCAUGCGGAUAUGUUGACCAGUUAGAUCCAAUCUUCAUACUCAGACCGGAGUUGAAAGGUGAUGGUCGGCCAACAGAUUUUUGA